CCGUUUGCCGUGGCACACAGCACAGGACACCGAUUUCACGUUCAAGGCGAAGCGCGAAACUAUUCUAAGUUCGGCCUUCGAACACAUGCCGGUGUUCGAAAUCGGUUGGAGUCGCGCUGAUCGGCCCCAUUCGAGGGGGCCAUGACGCGUUGGCCCGUCCUACUGCUUGCACUGCUCUCGGUGGCGUUCGGUCAUGUCCCGGCGGUGGCGACCCUGAUUCCCGGCCCGACUGGUGGCGCCGGUAUCGGUCACACGCCGAGCGGCGGUACCGGCGGUUCCGGGAGCCCGAGCGCGGCCGAAGCGUCUGCAUCUUCGGCCCUACCACACUAUCAUGACCCGUAUCAACCUCAGUCGCUGCUGCUUCAGCAUCAAUCAGCAUCGUCCACCAGCCAGCAGCAGCACCAGCAACAGCAAACACACUCGUCCGGCUCGUACAUUACGAAGAUGCCGGAAAACUCGCCGCACCAGAAGUUCCGCAACAAUCGGACGGUGCUGACGCUCGGCUAUCUAACAGCGGUCAAGGGUGAUCUGAUCGAGAAGCAGGGCCUCACCAUCUCGGGCGCCCUCACGAUGGCCCUGGACGAGAUCAACAACGAUCCGGAGCUGCUGCCGAACGUGACGCUCGCCCUGCGUUGGAACGAUACGCGCGGGGAUACGGUCGUGGCGACACGUGUCAUUACCGAGAUGAUUUGUGACGGUGUGGCGGCAUUCUUCGGACCGGAGGGUACCUGCCAGACCGAGGCGAUCGUUUCGCAGAGUCGCGAUAUACCAAUGAUCUCGUAUAGAUGUUCCGAGCUGCAGCGUAGCUCCAAAAUUCCUACCUUCGCCCGAACCGAGCCACCCGAUACUCAGGUUACCAAAUCCAUCAUCUCCCUGCUGACCUACUACGGCUGGCGCAAGUUUUCCAUCAUCCACGAGCAGCUGUGGAAGAAUGUGGCGACCUCGCUCGAAGCGCAAGCCACCCGCAACAACCUGUCCGUCAACCACGUCGAGAUGGUGUUCGACAACUACAAAUGCUGCCAGGACGAUAUGGACUGCUGCCGUAGUGGAUAUUGGUACACGGUCAUACAGAAGACGAUGAACAGGACGCGCAUCUACGUGUUUCUCGGCAACAGCAACCAGCUCGUUGACAUGAUGGCCACCAUGGACGGUAUGCAGCUCUUUGCCAAAGGCGAAUAUCUCGUAAUAUCCGCCGACAUGAUGACUUAUUCGCCGAAAUUGUCGAACAAGUAUCUGUGGCGGGUGGAAAAGCCACCGAACGUGCGAACCUGCCAGGAUUUGCCGGGAAAUUUCGAACGACGGAGCAGAAGUUUGCUGGUGGUGGUCGCCUCCGAACCACUGCCAACGUUUGUCAACUUUACGCACAAAGUGCGCGAGUACACGCAGAAGGAACCGUUCUUCUUCAAGCAACCGUCGCUGUUCCAUCAGUUUGUGAAGUACGUGUCGAUCUAUGCCGCCUAUCUGUACGAUUCGGUGAAGCUGUACGCCUGGGCACUGGAUAAGCUGCUGAAGGAGGAACAGCUGCACCGGCCGCUGACGAGCGACGUGAUACGGGAAGUGGCCAGCAACGGUACCAAGAUUAUUGCCACCAUCAUCAACAACCGGACGUACCAUAGCGUUGCUGGUGCGACAAUUAAAAUCGACGACUAUGGCGAUUCGGAGGGCAACUUUUCGGUACUGGCACUUAAGCGUGAGAACUAUACGGAGGCAAACUUUUCCUGCGAGUUCCAGAUGCGUCCGGUUGCACACUUUCAGAUGCGGCAACCGCAGAACCUCAACGACACGAACCAGCAUCGAAACGAUGAAAUUCCAGAGUUUAAACUGUCCAAGGUUGGCAAUGCGAUCGACUGGCCCGGUUCGGACCGACCGAUGGACGAGCCGUCGUGCGGUUUUAUGAACGAACACUGCAUGAAAGAUGACACCCAUAUCAUGUCGAUGGUGGUGGCGGGCGUCCUUGCCCUCAUACUCUUCUGUGCGGGCGUCAUCACGAUGAGCAUCUAUCGCAAAUGGAAAAUCGAGCUAGAAAUCGAGGGUCUGCUGUGGAAGAUUGAUCCGGGCGACAUCAAGGGCUACUUCAACACGGAAAUUGUGUCCUCGCCGAGUAAGCUCAGCCUGGCCAGUGCCCAGUCGUUUGGGUCACGGUGCUCGAACCAGGUGUUCACACCCACCGCCCGCUUCCGGAGCGUGGUGGUGCGCAUCAAGGAGCUAAAGUUUUCCCGCCGCAAGGACAUCUCGCGCGAAAUUAUGAAGGAGAUGCGGCUGCUGCGCGACCUGCGGCACGAUAACAUCAAUAGCUUCAUCGGUGCUUGCGUGGAGCCGAUGCGGAUAUUACUAGUCACUGAUUAUUGUGCCAAGGGAAGCCUGUACGAUAUCAUCGAGAACGAGGAUAUCAAGCUAGAUGAUUUAUUUAUUGCAUCACUGGUGCAUGAUUUAAUUAAGGCAAUGAUCUACAUUCACAGUUCAGCUUUAAACUAUCACGGUAACUUGAAAUCGUCCAACUGCGUCGUAACGUCGCGCUGGAUGCUGCAGGUGACGGACUUUGGACUGCACGAUCUUCGCCACUGUGCCGAGAACGAGUCGAUCGGCGAACAUCAGCACUACCGAAAUCUUUUCUGGAAGUCACCGGAAUUGUUGCGGCAACCGAACGUUUACGGUAGCCAGAAAGGGGACGUGUACGCGUUCGCGAUCAUCCUGUUCGAAAUCAUUGGCCGCAGGGGACCGUUCGGGUAUACCGAGCUCGAGCCGAAGGAGAUUAUCGAUCGGGUGAAAGCGCUGCCCGAACCGGGCAAGGAACCAUUCCGGCCCGACAUCGAGAGCGUUAUCGAGAACGAGAAUGUGUCCGACUAUGUGAUCAACUGCAUACGCGACAGCUGGGACGAAAAUGCCGAAUUGCGGCCCGAUUUUCCCAAUAUUCGGAAUCGGCUAAAGCGUAUGCGCGGCGGCAAGUCAAAGAACAUCAUGGACCAGAUGAUGGAAAUGAUGGAAAAGUACGCCAACAAUCUGGAGGAGAUUGUGCAAGAUCGGACCCGGUUGCUGUGCGAGGAGAAGCGCAAGACGGAGGAUCUGUUACACCGGAUGCUGCCCCAACCGGUGGCAGAGAAACUGACCAAAGGGCUCGGCGUCGAGCCAGUAUCGUACGAUUCGGUGACAAUCUACUUCAGUGACAUUGUUGGUUUUACAGCGAUGUCCGCCGAAAGUACGCCACUGCAGGUGGUAAAUUUCCUGAACGAUCUGUACACGGUGUUUGACCGCAUCAUCAAGGGCUACGACGUGUACAAGGUGGAAACGAUCGGUGACGCGUACAUGGUGGUGUCCGGGUUGCCGAUAACGAACGGAAACCGACACGUCGGUGAGAUCGCUUCGAUGGCACUGGAACUGCUACAGGCCGUACGCAGCCACCGGAUUGCACACCGACCCAACGAAACACUAAAGCUACGUAUCGGCAUCCAUACCGGACCGGUGGUGGCCGGUGUCGUUGGUCUUACAAUGCCCCGGUACUGUCUGUUCGGGGAUACGGUUAACACCGCGUCUCGGAUGGAAUCGAACGGCGAGGCCCUAAAGAUACACAUCUCCCAACAGUGUAAGGAUGCGCUCGAUACGCUGGGCGGUUAUGUGAUCGUCGAGCGAGGCCUGAUCGCGAUGAAGGGUAAGGGUGAGGUGAUGACGUACUGGCUGGAAGCUGCCACCGAGCAAGCCAUCCAGAAGAUUCCGGUCGAUGUGAGGGAUCUGCCACCGCCACUAUUCUGUCGUCCGAGGCGCAGUCCAAAGAUGACGUUCGAUUCGAGACAUCCGAGCAUUAUUGGGCUGCCAGGUGGUGGAGGGAUAAUGAGUGGGAUGGGUAGCUACAUGAUGGGUAGUAGGCGACAAUCGUGCGCUCAUCGUGUUGGUGGUGGUGCAGAUCACGAAAGCAGUUACAGUCUGCAGGGAUCGAUGUUUGGGCCGAUGGUACCGAUGCGUGCCGAAUCGCCAUCACGCCGCCACAUGCUUGAUCAUCCGGUAUGCGGUCGGGAAGGUUCGAUGGCGUUGGAUGACGUUGGUGACGAUUAUUCGCAGUCUACACUGGAUCAGCGAACGGCACCAGUGACUGCAACAACGGCAACGCUUGGAAGCAAAAUUGCUUCGAGUGAUAAUCUAAAGCGAGCUCUGUUCGGGAACAGUCCAGGACGACGAUUAAGCCACAAGCUACGCUCGAUUACAUCGGCCGACGAUUACAAACAGCUGUGCAGCAACAGGUCCGCUAACGGGGGUCGAUCUCCCGAGGCGGCACUAUUGCGCGAAAGCCGUUCACUCGAUCCGUUCCCAGUGACGAUAGAACCGAGACGUAAACGGUUGGAUGCACUCGCGAAACGGGUGCCAAGGUUAGCGAAAACGAUUGCCGCACCAUCCCGUACCGGUUCGCAAACGUUCGCACCGACGGCACCGACGAUUGUUUCCACGAUCAGCCAUGAAUCGAUCACGGACGGUGGUACCGUCCGACGGCAGCCUGAUGGCGAUCAGCAGCACCAGCGUCAACUGUCAACACUUACCACGAACACCAAAGCACCGAACAACAGUCACAACAGCGAUCAGCAAUCGUACCACAAAUAUCUCCACAACAACAACUGCAACGGUUCGAUCGGCAACGGUGCCGGGCAGGAGGAGCAGGCAGCCACCUGUCCACUUCUAACCCGCCAAACGUCCCUUACCACACCGCAAGAUCACGACUGUCCCGGGCUGUACACGAACAACAGCAGUAGCAAACGGUGGUACUCGCUCGAACACGUCGGCGUACCGGAUGAGGAUGCCUGUAGCAAAAAGUCGCUCACGCGCAGCUCGAUCAAAUCGUGGCUGGUAGGAUUUAUACACGGCAAUGGCUUUAAAUCGAGCGAUAGCUCGUUGCGAAAGGUGGGCGUAUUGCCGGUCGGGGUCGGUGGCGUUACCGGGUUUGGCGAGUUGCAACCGACGCCUGAAAAGGAAAGCAUGGUUUGAAGGAAUC